AUGAAAAGCAAGAAAGUGGAUCCACCCCAUACCCAACGAAUCCCCAUUAGCCAUUAUUAUUUAUUUAAAGCAAACCUGAAGUGAUUAGUGAGCAGUACCCACCACAACCAAACUUUGUGCUUUUCCUGCAGUUGCGGUGAACUGCCACCAGACACUGCAAGACUUUCCAAGGGUCAACAGUUUUUACUAACAUUUUCAGAGAUCUGAAGUUUUGAAAAAUAUCACAAAAUGGCUCUCAAUGUGGGGUUCAUUUGUGUUGUGUUCCUCUGGGCAACCAUGGCAAUGGGGGUUCCUGCAGCUGCACCAUGGAAGCGUUUUCCAGGAAAUAUCUUCAAGAAAAAGCAAGCACUCCCCAUUGAUACCAUAUUCAAGUUUCCUGUUGUAACAUCUGCUUGGCCUCCAGGUGGUAAUUUUGCAAAUGGAAUCAUUGAUCUGGGUGAGCUGCAAGUGUCUCAAGUAUCAACAUUCAACAAAGUUUGGAGCACCCAUGGUGGUGGACCAGACAAUCAAGGUUUCACCUUGUUUGAACCAACAGGAAUACCUCAAGGAUUCUUUAUGUUAGGUAGCUACAGCCAACCCAACAACAAGCCUCUUUUUGGAUGGGUCCUUGUGGCAAAAGAUGUGUCUACAAAUGCCAGUAACCCCACUUUAAAGCAACCAAUUGAUUACACACUUGUAUGGAAUAGUGCAUCUCUGAAGAUUAACCAAGAUGGUCCUAUCUAUGUUUGGCUACCAACAGCGCCUAAUGGCUAUAAACCUGUAGGCCAUGUUGUGACCACCACACCAGAUAAGCCUUCCCUUGACAAAAUCAGGUGUGUCAGGUCAGACCUCACCGACCAAUGCGAGACAAAUUCAUGGAUUUGGGGAUCAGAUAGCUUCAAUGUUUAUGAUGUUAGACCAAGCAAUAGGGGAAUUCAAGCUCCCGGUGUUCCCGUAGGCACUUUUAAUGCACAAAAUGGUGGGAAUACUAACCCUUCAUCUAUUGCUUGUUUGAAAAACACCAAUACUCUCCCAAAAUACAUGCCUAAUUUGCAACAAAUUAAGGCAAUACUCCAAGUGUACCCUCCAAGUAUGUACUUGCAUCCUGAUGAAGAAUACCUUCCAUCUUCUGUCAAUUGGUUUUUCUCCAAUGGAGCACUACUAUAUAAGAAAGGACAGGAGUCAAAUCCUGUAACAGUAGCACCAAAUGGAACUAACCUCCCUCAGGAUCCUAACAAUGAUGGUGCUUAUUGGCUGGACUUGCCUGCUGAUGCAACCAACAAAGAGAGGGUCAAGAAAGGAGAUUUGCAAAGUGCCAAAACUUAUGUACAUGUGAAGCCAAUGCUUGGAGGAACCUUCACUGACAUUGCAUUAUGGGUCUUCUACCCAUUCAAUGGACCAGCAAGAGCAAAAGUUGAGUUCAUUACCGUGAAAUUAGGGAAGAUAGGUGAACAUGUAGGUGAUUGGGAGCAUGUGACGUUAAGGGUAAGCAACUUCAAUGGUCAACUAUGUCAAGUAUAUUUCUCACAACACAGUAAGGGUACAUGGGUUGAUUCCUCGCAACUUGAGUUCCAAAGUGGCAGCAACAAACCUGUGGUUUAUUCUUCUUUGCAUGGCCAUGCAUCAUACCCACAUGCUGGCCUUAAUCUUCAAGGUGCAGAUAGCAUAGGUAUAAGGAAUGAUACAGCUAAGGGCGACAUGGUCAUGGAUAUGGGGGCAUUUGAAUUGGUUUCUGCAGAGUAUUUGGGGUCUGCAGUUAUAGAGCCAUCAUGGCUUAACUAUUUCAGGGAAUGGGGUCCUAAAAUUGAUUAUAACAUAGACGAGGAGCUGAAGAAGAUUGAGAAGGUAUUGCCUGGAAAGCUAAAAUCUGCUUUAGAAAAGAUUAUAAAGGGUUUGCCAAGUGAAGUGCUUGGAGAGGAAGGACCCACAGGUCCUAAGGUGAAACAUAAUUGGAGUGGAGAUGAAGUUUGAAGAUUGCAGACUUCAGUUAUAUUGAUUCUUACAAACUUCGUAUUGAUUUAGAUUAAUCAUAGUUAUUGUGUGCAAAGUGCAAUUGUACAAGUGGCCAUAAUUAAUUGGAAAAAUAGAAUAAAAAAUCAAGGAAACUAGCAAUAGCU